AUGGCGCUCAACGGCCAUCACACCGCCGACGCCGUCCGCACACAUUUCCCUUCUUCCCCCGCUGCUCCUCCGAGGACAUACUCUAUCGAGGGCUUCCGGAUCACGACGCAGAAGCUGCCGAUCCUCAAAGCCGGGCCCAUCGAAGAGAUGACUGAGAAACUCGGUAUUGCCCCGCCGGAGAUGAUUUUCGGCGACAACUUCGUAACCAUCGAGCAUCCAUCGUCUGGCUGGGCCAUCAAGUUUGAUGCAUUUGGUGCUUUGGAUCGGGUCGACAAGACGGGAGAAAAGAGGCUGAAAGUGGCAUACUCCAAGGAGUGGCAUCAGAGCAGAGAAGAUACACAUGAUAUCAAAGAGGUCAUUAAGCCCUUUGACUGGUCUUACACGACUGACUACAGAGGAGAGUUGGCGUCUGAAGGCCCACAAUUCGAGGAGUCUACGGAACCCAUACCCUUAGAGUUGUUGAAGAGACCGGAUCCUAUUUUAUUCUUUGACGAUGUCAUUCUCUACGAAGACGAAUUGGCGGACAAUGGAAUUACCAUGCUUUCCUGCAAGAUCCGGGUCAUGCCAGCACGGCUUCUCCUGCUCUGUCGUUUCUUCAUGCGACUUGAUAAUGUCAUGUUGAGAAUACGGGAUACCCGAGUCUACGUCGACUUUCACAAGAAGCAAGUCACCAGAGAAUACGUUGCAAAGGAGGAUUCAUAUGACAAGGUCCGGGAUGAAUUGGCAGGCCGCAGGGAUGAUGUCGCUGCUGUGCUUCGAGAUCCUAACCAGGUGGCCAACAUCUUACCAGUCGUGGAAAAAUCCCUCGAGCAAGUCGACCUGGCAAAAUGA